AUGCCGGUACACCUGUGACGGAGAACUGAAUUCGAAGCGCUGGCCAAAGGUCACCGAAAUGUGCGCCACAUGUUUUUCGAACUGACGUGUGAUCGAGCCGGCUUUACGCGUGUGCGCUUUAGUUGAUAGUCACAUGCUAUUCGGCCGGCAUACUCUGUGUUAAGACUUAGCGUACAAUACAGUAUUGUACUACCAAGUAUUACGCGGUGCUGUCAGUAUCACGGUGUACCUGCCGGCAACGUGCGCGCUUACAGUGGAACGGAAGUUUGUUUAUUCCGGCUUAUUAGAAUAACGGCCUUGAUCGACUAGUGUUAAAUUAAUUUUCUACACCGCACGUCACUAUCUCAAGGAUUAGAUUAAGAAUGAGGCUAUGGUGGUGGUGGAUUGUGGCUUUUGCUCUGAUGGCCGCGGUGACGGCCAGAAAGGUCGAUCGCACCCGUAAAUCCGGCGAAUACGGGAGAGCUGUGGUGGAGGCAGUAGUGGAACAGAUUGGCAAAGUGUACGGCGACGAUAAGGACUUCUUGCGACGUCUGGCCUGUUUUGCAUCGCAAUACGGAACCGUUAGACAGGAUUUACGGCGGAGUGCCACCGGGAUAUGGCAGAUAUCUCCCGAGCGAUUCCGAUCAACGCAGAAUGUGCAGAGCUACAGCUUCCUGGCGGCGGAGCACGACCGAAUCUACCGGAGUUUCGGCAUCCAGUGGCGCUCGGUACGUCAGGAUGAUCUGAAGAUCCCCCUGUACUCGGGCUUGGCGGCGCGACUCUGCAUGCUGCUCUGCGGCACCAUCGAACCGGUACUGCCUAUUCCCGAAUCCGACAGCGACCUGGCUUCCUACUGGCAAAGCUGCGCCCAGGUCACGCUCGCGGAGGAUGUCGUGCGCAGCCGAAUGCCGGCCUGCACUGACCGACAGUGUGGCGUCCGCAUGGAUAUAUGCGUCAUGGUGGACGCAUCGGGAAGUAUUGGUACGGAGGAUUUCCAACGGUCGCGAGACUUUGUACGCGAUUUGCUGCGCGCAUACGAUCCUCAGCAAAACGCCAAUAAUGGAAAGCGUACAAGAGAUUCGGUACGUACUCAUAUCGUGGUGUUCUCCAGUGCUGUUCAGCAAGUCACCGAUUUCAAGAGCACUACAGCGGAGAAACUGGCAGCGAUCGCCAGCGCACCGCAUCUUCAAGGCGGAACAGCCACCGCGGACGCCGUUCACCACUGCUACGGCGUACUCCAGAACAGGCCGACCACCACGGCCGCAACGCCCAAGGUCAACCUCCUCCUAACCGAUGGCCAGUCCAACGAAUGGCGAUACGAAAGCCUCGACUCCAUUCUACAGAAAAGCGCGUUAGCGAGCAUCACUUCGUACGCUGUCGGCGUUGGCCCGGCACCCAACCAAGCCGAACUACUGACCAUUGCCGGCAACCGGGCUGAGCGGGUGUUCAGCGUCACCGCCGCCACCGAUCUGCAGCACCGGUUGGGACAAAUUCACAAGGCUACUUGCCGAACACCGCAGACACCCCGGCCUAGGGAAAAAGUGUUGGAAACGCUGGGAAAGGAUGAAACGCGUUUGCUCAAGUUACAAAUAACGGAAGACACCGAAAUCUCCCUGGACGUCCCGGUAGGCGGCGCCAAAGUAUACUACAGCCUCAGUCAUGAGAACCCAUCACCGGCUCUCCGCGACGGCGUAUGUACGGUGCCGGGCUGCGUCAUCCGAUACCCGAGACAGCGGCCGCGUCGCGACGUUGUUCCCUCAAAUGCAACUGGCAACCAAAGUGCCCCAGUAAAUGUGUACAUCAGCAUCAUCGGCACGGAGGACCUAAAUAACAUCACCUUUAGCGCGCAACCAGCAGCGGAAAAUCCUGCUUACGUGCCCACCGACGAGCCGACGGACGAAGACGCCGAAGAAACGGACGAGGUCGACACGUCGACCACAACUGCGGAAGACAACACAGCAUCUACCGAUGUCACCACGUCGGCUCUGUCAACGUCUGCGGCUACCAGUUUGGAGACAAAUACAACCACAGCAACCGUCAACGACAUCACGAGCGGGAUUUUGCAUUCUACCACGGUACCGUCUGAACAGGCUACAAUUGUCUCUGAUGAGGUCACUACGAAUGCAGUGUCCAGUGCAGAUGCACGUCAAUCGCCAUUCGUCGGUCCAACCAGCCAAUCGCCGUCCGUCUCACGGUUCACCACGACUGAAGAAACAACAUCAGUGGAAAGAGCAGUCACAGUCAGCAUACCAAGCAGCACGUUACCUUCCAGCGACAGUGCGUGGACAAUUGCCGUUCCUCCCGCGAAAGACUCCGCCGCCACGAUGAGAGCCAGUCUUGCCAUUCUCCUGACAUCUUUUGUGCUGACAAUCGUGGUUUCUCGCGUCACUUAGAAAAAUUUGUAUGCCAAUCAUUGCAUAUCUAUCAGUUUUCGCACCCAUUAGCAGUGCAGCGGUCUUUUCCGCGCUUAUUAUCGAGCUUUUGUUUUUGGUUUAUUACGUUUUUGUAAUCGUAUGGCUACUCCAGAAUAGCCGCACGGCAAUCAUACGUAAUGCUGUGAAACUGGAAACAUGAUGUCUAACGCUUUUUGAGGCGAAAGGCAAAAGUUUAUUCUUGACGUAGCAUUUCGCUACGCUCGCUGCAAAAUGAAUAUAUUUGCAGUAUUGCUCUAUUUUAUCCGUUGACCGAUGGUCUUUUGCAGUAGUCAAAUGAAUUAACGGCGCGCU